UUCAAAAGAAUCGGUUCGUUCGCGAACGUCACAACUCUAAUCAGGAGUUUUGCUCGAAGGAUCGAGCGCUGCUGUUGUUUUUGACACGGGAGACUCAUUUCGUCUCUUUUCCUCGAUGUUUCUUCAAAGCACCGAGAACGACAUGCGUUUCAAACCAUCUCGAGACCGACUGUACAGCGCGCGCUGCUGCGGCUGCUGUCACGUGCGGACUGGAACCAUCAUCCUGGGUACAUGGUACAUGGUGGUGAACCUGUUGAUGGGUAUUCUGUUGACUGUGGCAGUAACUCACCCUGAGAACGUCCCUACUGUUGACCUGCAGUAUGAAGUUAUUGAGCAUUACUUUGCCUCAGACAGGAUGUCAGAGAAUGCUUGUGUGGGCUUUGCCAUCUCUCUCCUUAUGCUCACCAUUAGUGCCAUGAUGGUGUAUGGAGCUAUUACUAAUCGUGAUGGCUGGCUCAUCCCGUUCUUUUGUUACCAGCUGUUUGACUUUGCUCUGAGCUGCCUGGUGGCCAUCAGCUCCCUCACGUACCUGCCCAGAAUCAAGGACUACCUGGACCAGCUGCCGGACUUCCCAUACAAAGACAGCCUGCUCUCUAUGGACUCCAGCUGUCUCCUGCUGUUUGUGCUCAUCUUCUUUGCCGUUCUCAUUGUCCUUAAGGCCUACUUGAUCAACUGCGUUUGGAACUGCUAUAAGUACAUAAACAACAGGAACACUCCAGAGAUUGCUGUCUAUCCUGCUUUUGAUACCCCACCUCAGUACAUCCUUCCCACCUAUGAAAUGGCCAUGACAAUGCCAGCGAAGGAGCCUCCUCCUCCUUACAUGCCAGCUUGAAUUCCCCUGACUGCUUUCUUCAGUAAAAGCCAGUGCAGACACCCAUCUCUGCCUUUCGAUCCUGCCUUCCAUUUCAACCCAUGGAGGGCGUUUAGACUCCCAGCGUCCACUCAUCACAUCAGCAGCUUACAUAUUUGCAUAGACUUAUCCGUGACUAUUUCUUUCGCAUGACUCUCGUAACAGCUCAUCACUGCAGAUCUAUUUUUGUAAAACUAUGCGAAAAAUGGUUGAAGCGGUACAGUGUUGGCUAAUAGAUCGGUUAAGGCAAGAUUUAUUUUAAUUACUUAAUGUUGUAUCUGAGAUAUGAUAUGCUAUUCUCUUUUGUGAACAUCAUGACUCGGGCUCUGCAAUAAAUUGUGCUUAUGACUGAAUUAUAUAGUUCAUAGUCAAUCACUAAUGAAAUGAAUCUUGAGAUGGGGCAGGUAAUCUGCCGUUUGACAUUUUUACCAAUGAAAGCUUUCACUUUACUUGCCACCUUGAGAUCUUUAUUUUUCCAUGCUUUUCAGUGCUGUGUUUUUUCCUGAUUGUCAUAGUAGAAGAACUAUUGUGAAAAUCAACUUAGCCAUGACAGGGCACUUGCAUUUAGAAUCACCUUGGCUAAUAAAUCUGUUUUGUUGUAUUAAAAAUCUGUUUAGAUAAUCCAGUGGGAUCGUUCAAAAUUAUAUUUUUUUUCCAUUGUGUACUUUAUUAGUGGACGUAAGACUUUCAUCCUUAAAAAAGUGAAAGAACUCAAAGCGCUUUUUAUUUUGUUUAUAUAAUGAGUGUGUGUUCGUGUUCUCCAUCCAUUGAACCAUUGUGCACCAUCUUGUUAGCAGCCAUCACAGUGAUCUGUUGUUAUGUUACCUGCUGGGUAACACGCAAGAAGAAUCCUCACAUGAACGACAAUGAUAUAGAGUUAAAAAAGGAAACUGCUAGUGCUGUAUAAAUCAAUGGAUGCAUGUUAAUAGUUUGUGGUCUGUUUCUUUUCUUGUACAUGUUCUGUAAUCUAAUUACUUUAAUAAAUAUUUCAAAACAGAA